AUGGUCACAUCGAACAUCUAUCACAGAUCACAGUCUAAAAAAGAUUCUGUUCUGUACAGACCUCAGCCAAGGCAUGAUAUUCGAGAACAUCAGCUGAGACGUUUCAUUGAGGAGAAAUUCGGAGUAAAAAUAGAUUCAUAUUCAGCGUUCCAUAGAUGGAGUUGCGAGAACUACGCGAAAUUUUGGGAGGCUCUACUAAUUUUUACUGGUAUUAAGCUUGGCUCGAGCUAUGAUACAGUGGUGGACACGAGUAUGCGCAUAACGGAUUUUCCUCGUUGGUUCAGUGGUGCCACUCUCAACUACACCGAGAAUUGUCUUCGUGGAAAAGACGAGGAUUGCUUAUCUAUAUACUCUACUUCGUUUUCAAAUUCAGGAAUCAAGCCUGCUGAUGUCAUAUGUGGUUUCCUUCCAAAUUCAUAUCAGACUAGCGUUGCUAUGUUUGCCACUGCUGCCAUAGGCGCUACGUGGUGCAGCGUUUCAGUAGACUUUGGUCCAUGUGGGGCUGUUGAUAGAUUUAAACAGGUGAACCCGAAAGUGCUGUUCACCGUUGAAGCCGUAACUUAUAAAGGGAAGACUCAUGAUCUGACGGAAAAGUUGAACUUGAUUGUUCCAGGAAUUCCAUCACUUGCUAAGGUGGUACAGAUCAACAAUCUGAACUCCACUAUCGAUUUCAACAAAUAUCAGCAUGGAGAGAAAUACGAAAGCUUCGAUUGCAUUUUGAAUUCGGUGAAAUGCGUUCCACAUCCUUUUGUUUUCGAAAAGGUACCUUUCUCUCAUCCGCUUUUCGUUAUGUUUUCUAGUGGAACAACUGGUAUUCCUAAGGCAAUGAUUCAUACCACUGGAGUACUUUAUUAUGUGGUCUAUUUUUUUUUUUGGAAAAUCAACGUCAUUGUUAAGGGAACACUGUUAAAACACGUAGAGGAACACUUAAUCCAGGCUAAUAGUCAGUCUUGCGACCGUAUGCUGUUCUAUACCACUUGUGGAUGGAUGAUGUGGAAUUGGGUCAUGUCGUUUCUUUUCUGCGGUGGAUCCAUCGUUUUAUUCGAUCAAAGUCCACUUGAGCCUGAUCCGCACAUCAUUUUGAAGGUCACGUCUGUAUCAAAAGCCACCAUUAUUGGAAUGGGAGCUAAGAUGUACGAUGAGUACGCAAAAAUGAAUGUUGAUUUCCGUAAGUUCUAUAAAUCCAUACGGAGUGACAAUUUCGACGAUCCAGCAGUUUUAAACGCGUCUCUUAUUUCACUCUACUGCUGGGGUUAG